AUGGCCUCGCAACCAAUGUCCCUCCGGGACCGACAGGUCGCGUCAAUUCAAAAGCUCUUGAAUUUGAACCAUGACCCGCAACCUACUGAUGACAACGCCAUCGACCAGUCCGCGGGCGGUCUUAUCUCACACUCCACUCCGAUCUUGAAUGAGGAUGGCGACCCGAUCUGGAAAGUCUUGGUGUUUGAUAACAUGGGCCGAGAUAUCAUCAGCAGUGUCCUACGAGUCAAUGACCUCCGCGCAUGGGGUAUAACCAUUCAUCUAAACCUCCACUCGCAAAGAUACCCUAUUCCCGAUGUUCCAGUUGUCUAUUUCGUGGAGCCAACUCCCGCCAACAUUCAAGCAAUCACCCACGACCUUUCCCAUGGGCUCUACUCCCCUGCCUACGUGAACUUCUUAUCCUCCGUUCCACGGCCACUUCUUGAGGACUUCGCCUCUCAAAUAGUCACCUCUGGUGCAUCCGAACACAUUGCGCAGGUUUUCGAUCAAUAUCUGAACUUCAUUGUGGCAGAGCCCGAUCUAUUUAGUUUAGGGCUCGGCAACGAUGCAUACUACAAAAUCAAUAGCGGAAAAACAAGUGAUGAGGAGCUGGAUGCGAUUGUGGACAAUGUGGUUAGCGGACUGUUCAGUGUCAGUGUGACAAUGGGCACUAUUCCCAUCAUCCGAUGCCCCAAGGGCGGUGCGGCAGAAUUGAUAGCAACAAAGUUGGACCGGAAGUUGCGAGACCACAUUCUCAAUUCCAAGGACAACCUCUUCUCCGGCAAUCAGAAGGCCCUGCCAGGUGUGCCGUCAACUCGACCGGUGUUGAUCAUCAUGGACCGAAACGUGGAUCUUGUCCCAAUGCUCUCCCACUCAUGGACAUACCAGUCACUGGUGCAGGAUGUUCUUCAGAUGCGUUUGAAUCGAAUUACUUUGGAUGCAGACGAAUCGGGCUCGGGCACAUUAACUAAGAAGUCGUACGACAUAAACAGUAACGAUUUCUUCUGGCAGCGCAACGCCGGAGUCCCAUUCCCACAGGUGGCUGAAGAUAUUGACGCCGAACUUACACGGUACAAGGAGGACGCAAAUGAUAUAACGAAGAAGACUGGUGCUUCUUCCAUUGAGGAUCUCCAAAAUGAUACCAGCGCCUCAGCACAACACCUCAAGGCCGCUAUCACACUUCUCCCUGAGUUGAGGGAACGCAAGGCCGUUCUUGACAUGCACAUGAAUAUUGCCACCGCACUUCUCAAGGGUAUUAAAGACCGUCAGCUGGAUAACUUCUUUGAGUUAGAGGAGAACAUCACAAAGCAAUCGAAGUCGCAAAUCUUGGAGCUGAUCAAUGAUCCUUCUAAAGGAAGUGAAUCAUUGGAUAAGCUGCGCUUGUUCGUUAUCUGGUUCCUGAGCACUGAGAUUGAGCUCAGUCGGUCGGAGAUGACCCAGUUCGAAGAGGCACUGACCAAGGCUGGCGUUCCCGAUAUUUCCUCCCUUGCCUAUGUCAAACAGGUGCGCGAGAUCACUCGGAUGACGAUGAUGACAACAGCCGCUCCAGAACAGCAAUCUUCAGACCUGUUCCGUGGGUUCUCAUCACUUUCAAACCGUCUGACAGAUCGCAUUACCUCGGGAUCUCUAGGUGCCAACUUUGACUCCCUGAUUUCGGGCGUGAAGAAUUUCCUACCAGCGAAUAAGGAUCUGACUGUGACAAAGAUCACCGAGUCUAUCAUGGAUCCGGCCGCAGCCUCAAGCUCUGCCAUCGCAAAGACCGAAAACUACCUCUACUUUGACCCAAGAAGCGCAAACGCCCGUGGCGCCAUGCCCCCUGCGUCUGCAUCUCGUAGCACGCAGAUGCCCGGUGGUAUGAGCGCAGGUCCUGGCACCGGUGCCAGCUUCGGACAGCGUCGCCAAGCCUUCAGUGAAGCCAUUGUCUUCACAGUCGGUGGUGGAAGCAUGGAUGAGUAUGGCAACUUGCAAGACUGGGUUCACCGAACGAGUGGCCAGCAAGGUGGUGAGGGUGCACCCGCUCAGCGUGCGGGAGGCGCACCUGGACACCGCCGGAGAGUUGUCUACGGCAGUACAGACCUGAUGAACGCCACUGAGUUCCUCUCUGAUUCUUUGGCGCCUCUGGGUCGGGAUAGCUGA